ACAAGUGCCUGCAGGAGCGCGUGGAGGUGUAGAAUGAUCCGAAAAUCCGGUCCAAGGAAAGACGACGUUUGUCCUAAAACCCUUCUGGGAAUUGCCAUUUCAUUUGUUUAACUACAAAGCCUCACACGUACACUACCCGCCAACCCCAUCACCAGUAUCUCAUCCACCCCACGAAAUUUCCUAUUUUUACUUCUCUCUCUCUCUCUCUCUCUCUCUCUGUAUGUGUCUCUCAAGAUUGCGUCUUUCAAAGUGUUUUGUUAAUGAUGAAGAUGGAGAAAAGAACUGACAUGGAACAAGUUGUAGAGAACUGAGAAAGAAAGAGAAAAAAGUUGAGUGUUAUAGAGAGUGAUGGGGUCUUCUUCAAAAGGCGGGAGUAACAGUUAUGAUUACUCAUUCAAGAUACUGUUGAUUGGUGAUUCUGGUGUUGGCAAGAGCAGCCUUCUUCUCAGUUUCAUUUCCGACUUUGUUCAUGAUCUGUCCCCCACCAUUGGUGUGGAUUUUAAGAUCAAGCUGCUCACAAUUGGUGGCAAAAGAUUGAAGCUAACAAUUUGGGACACAGCUGGACAGGAAAGGUUUGGAACAUUAACAAGUUCUUACUACAGAGGUGCUCAUGGAAUUAUCCUCGUGUAUGACGUGACACGGCGUGAAACCUUUACAAACUUGUCGGAUAUAUGGGCAAAGGAAGUAGAGCUCUACUCCACUAAUCAUGAGUGUAUCAAAAUUCUUCUGGGGAAUAAAGUUGAUAGGGAGAACGAGAGAGCUGUAACGAGAGAAGAAGGAUUGGCUCUUGCACAGGAACAUAAAUGUUUGUUUCUCGAAUGUAGUGCCAAAACUAAAGAGAAUGUUCUUCACUGCUUUAAAGAUCUUACAUUAAAGUUACAGAUACUUGAGGUUCCAAGUUUAUUGGAAAACGGAUCCGCAGGGGUGAAAAAGCAAAUUUUAAAACAGAAGCAGGUAUACCCAACACCUCGUAAUGGUGGUUGCUGCUCUUGAUCCACAUGAUGCAACAUCCAAACUAGCUAGAAUUUUCUGCAACAAAAUAGAAGAACUCAAGAAGGGAUUGAAAUGGCAACCGACCACAUCAAUCAUCAUCCUAGACGCUUUCACAGUCAGAUGGCUAAGAAGUUAGAUGCUCAUCAGCAAGCUCUUUCUAAGCCAUUUUUCCCACUUCUGAUGUAGAUAUGGGAAUUUGGGGAGUCUUGUUACAUCUUGUAUUUCAUGUAAAUAUAUUUCGGUUUAGUUGAUGCUGUUUGGUUUAGUUUGGCAUUGGGUUAAUCAUAAACAUGUAAAAAAAAAAAAAAAUUACAUCGUUCACGAAGCGAAUAAUGGUUCUGUAUACAAAACGGUUUCUGGUAUAUAUGUUCAGAUAUACGAGAUGAUGGACACUACUCAAUACAGAAAUGGGUUUGUUUUGUUUUGAAAGUAAAGCAGAAGCUGCAGAACUAGUGGAAAA